GUUUCCCGAUAUUUGCAACGAUAUGUAGCACAUCUGCUACUUUUCUUGGGGAAUAUUUGGUUUGGAGAAGACUGUAGAGAACUCAGCUCCGUUUCUAGUUUCUUCUUUGCCUAUGAAACCGAGAGUCCUAUAAUCCCCCCCCCCCCCCCUCUCUCUCUGGUACUCAUACAAAGCAGGAAUGGCCCUGUGGAUGGAAACGGGUUCAGAGCCUAUCACCGAAUCCGAGAAAGCGGACCUUGAAGCUAUCGCCGCCCUCAAACACUCUGCUGCCCUUGAACUCAAGGAAAAGGGUAACCAGUAUGUGAAGAUGGGUAAAAAACACUACGCUGAUGCUAUUGAUUGUUACACGAGGGCAAUUGAUCAGAAGGUCCUGAGCGACUCCGAACACUCGGUUCUCUUCUCGAAUAGAGCCCAUGUGAAUUUGUUGCUAGGAAAUUACAGACGUGCUCUCAUGGAUGCUGAGGAGGCAAUUAAGCUUCUCCCGACAAAUGUCAAGGCACUUUAUCGAGCUGCCAAAGCAUCUCUGUCAUUGAACUUGUUGGAUAAAGCGAAAUCAUUUUGUGAGAAUGGAAUUGAACUUGACCCAAGCAAUGAAGAACUAAAGAAGCUUGCUAAGCAGAUUGACAUACAGAGGUUGGAACAUGAACAGCGGGAGGCUCUAGUUUCCAGGGAUAUUGCUGGGGCUAAGGACCUUGUUUCUGCAAUGGAAGAUAGGGGCUUCAAGAUUGGAAAGGCAAUAUUUCGAGAACUUACUGGAUUAAGAAAGCCUGCAUUAGAUAAAAAUAAUAUUGUCCACUGGCCAGUUCUUCUUCUGUAUGCAGAGGUUAUGUCCAGUGACUUUAUCGAGGACUUCUGCGAGACUGACAUGUUUUCUGCUCAUCUUGACAUGAUGUUUUCAGAAAGUUGCCCACCUUUGCCAUGGGACAAAGAGAACAAUUACACCCGUGAAUCUAUUGAGUUAUACUACGAGGCUGGUUCUGGAGUUUGUCUAUCAAAGUCAAAACUUCUCCAUUAUCUCCUGGAGGGAACUGCAGCUUCUCAUGUAGAAAGCAUUAAUGGAGAAGAGAAGGAUGCAAUUGAGGAUUCUAAUCAUGAGAUCUCUGCAGGAAAUGGCUCUAAAUGGGUAAGAGUAAACGAGAAAAGAACACUUCAUGAUGUUCUGAAAGAGCCAAAUUUCAUCAUUCCUGGGAUCCCAGUAUUCUAUGUUGUUUCAAAAAGCUCCAGAUUCUAUAAAGAGUUCAAAGCUGGGAAGUGGGCUCCUCCACCAUGAAUAAAUAAUUAAGGCGUUGAGUAGCAUGCCUUGAAGGUUGGUAAUGUUAAAACGAGUUAAACCAAGUAUUCUUCGUGAUACUUGGAGAAGAGUUGUGUUGCUUGUUCACGGCCCCCCUUUCCCUUUGAAGAAAUA